AUGAAAGAUUCAGAGAAACUUAUUUGGGAUCAUCUGAGAGUUCCCUAUGCUAUCCCCUUCGCAGCUUCUUCUUCUUCUUCAUCCUCACACUUCAAAACCUUACCCAAAUUCCUCUUCUACUUCAUCCUCUUUCUCUCUCUCAUCUACCUUCUUUACUCCUUCAAGCUUCUCUCCUCUCGUGACUGUCACGAUGGUCCCUUCUCCCAGCGCCGUUUCUCUUCCUUCACCGCCGUACCCAAUCCCAAUGCCUCUGAAUUGCAGCAAGCCCGAAAGCCGACGGAGCUCCGCCAUGUCGUUUUUGGCAUCGCUGCCUCCUCGAAGCUCUGGGAGCACAGGAAGAAAUACAUCAAGCUCUGGUAUAACAGCACCGAAAUGAGGGGAGUGGUGUGGCUCGACGACCACGUUGAGGCCCACAAUGACGAUGAUUUACCGCCGUUGAGGAUCUCCGGCGACACCUCCAAUUUCUCCUACACGCACCCGUUAAAUCACCGUGCCGGCAUUCGGAUUUCCAGGAUCGUGUCGGAGUCGCUGGGGUUGGGGAUGGAGGAUGUGAGGUGGUUCGUGAUGGGUGAUGACGAUACCGUCUUCGUCACCGACAACCUCCUCAGGGUUUUAAGGAAGUACGAUCACACUCAAUUCUAUUACAUCGGAAGCUCGUCAGAGAGUCACAUGCAGAACAUACACCUCUCGUACAGUAUGGCGUUCGGCGGCGGCGGCUUUGCUAUCAGCUAUCCCUUGGCUAAAGCUCUCCAUAAAAUGCAGGAUCGCUGUAUACAGAGGUAUCCUGCUCUGUACGGCUCCGAUGACCGGGUUCAAGCUUGUAUGGCGGAGCUUGGCGUUCCACUUACCAAAGAACUCGGCUUUCACCAGUUUGAUGUGCAUGGGAGCUUGCUGGGGCUACUUGCAGCGCACCCUGUGAGUCCAUUAGUGUCGAUGCACCACCUUGACUUGGUCGAACCAAUCUUCCCAAACAUGACUCAAAUGGAAGCCCUUGAGAGACUAAUGAGCAUACCAAUGAAGCUUGACUCAGCAGGUCUGAUGCAGCAGUCUAUUUGCUACGACAAGGCAAGGAGCUGGACGAUCUCUGUGUCGUGGGGCUUUGUGGUUUUGAUCUUCCGAGGUUUGUUCCCUCCUAGGGAAAUGGAGGCCCCUUCUAGAACAUUCUUGAACUGGCACAAAAGAGCAGAUUACACUGGCUUCCCAUUCAACACUCGCCCGGUUGCUCGAAACCCUUGCCAGAAACCCUUCGUGUUUUACCUCUCAGAUGCGACAUUGUUGAACUCCACGACUUCGUCACAGGUGAUUGUGAGUGAAUACCAAAGGCAUCGCGUGCCUCACCCAGAAUGCAGAUGGAGGAUGACUCCUCCUUCAAUAAUUAACACAGUCAAAGUAUAUAAAAAGCCGGAUCCACAUCUAUGGAGCAGAGCUCCACGGAGAAACUGUUGCAGGGUGAAAGAGUCGAUCAAGAUAGGAACCUUGGUGGUGGAUGUGGGUGCAUGUGAAGAAGGUGAAGUCAGCGAAUUUUAA